AUGGGUGAUUUCAACGCCAAGAUCGGGAUAAAGUCAGACGAACAAGAGCGUGCCACAGGGAAAUUUGGCAGCGGAGAGAGGAAUGAAAGAGGAGACUUACUGAUUGAAUGGGCGACAGAAAAUAACUUGAAGAUCAUGAAUACCGUCUACAAGAAGAAGAUAUCAAGAAGAUGGACAUGGCAAAGCCCAGAUGGAUGUACAAGAAACGAAAUUGAUUACACCAUGACAAACAGACCGAACAUCUUCACGGAUGUGAAAGUGCUAAACAGACUGGAUGCGGGCAGUGACCACAGAGCAGUUAUGGGAGUGAUUAGGAUCAAUGUCAGGAAGGACAGACAGAAAUGCCUGUCAAAUCCAUCAAAGUAUCGAGUAACUGGUCAUAAAGAAAGACGAGUUCCAAAUCCUCCUAACGAACAGAUUCAGUGCACUAGAGCUAGAAGGUGA